UUUCAGAAAUACAAAAUGAAAUAUCUAUUUGUUAUAUGCAGUAUUUGUAUUGUCGGUGCUUAUAUUGCUGGCACUGAUUGCUUACAGACGAAAAUAUCCACCAUAGAACGAAUAAAGAAACAUCAAGAAUGGUUGAAACGGCAUUGUAAACCAAAGUCCUACAAAAUCCAACCAAACCGGACACAAUUAUCUGAGCUUUCCAACUUGUGGCGCCAAAAAAAAGGGAACAAAAAACUACAAUAUAUACAAAAUGAAACUACAUCUAAACAUUCCAAUAAAACAAAUCUAGUUAUGCUAAGGCCGUUGGAUAUAUUAGGCAACGAAAGUCAUUACGAAAUCGUAUCAUCUAAACUAGCGAAUAUAACAAAAGCAUCCACAUUUCGUCCUUUAAAAGUAAUAGAAGAGGGUACUAUAGAUCCAAUAGAAUCCACUACAAACAUUGUAAAUCUAGCCAUUACUCAAAAGUCAAUCAAUUUUGCAAACAUUUCGGAUAGGAAAAGAUUGGAAAUCAAAGUCCGUACAUAUCCACGAUGGGAUAAUUGGAGUAACUGGAGUGAAUGUUCAAGAAGUUGUGGUGGAGGUGUUAUGCAUCAAACACGAAAAUGCAUAGGACGAAAAUCGUUGACAGGAACUCAAUUUAUAAGUGAUGCCUGUUUCGGCUACUUUAAACGCUAUCAGCUAUGCAAUGAUAUACCAUGCCCAGCGAAGUCUAAAGGCUUUCGCGCUAUUCAAUGUGAAGCGUACAAUGGCAUACUGUUUGAGGGCCAUCGAUAUAGCUGGCAACCUUAUAUAAAGGAUGACGCUGAGUGUGAACUAAACUGCAUGCCAUCGGGAUUAAAAUACUAUGCAACUUUGAGCGAAUCUGUUAUUAAUGGGACACCUUGUAAACGGUCAGCGGAAUAUUAUCGCCUAAAUGUAUUGGGACGAGCAUUGUGCGUUGACGGUGUCUGCAAGGCCGUUAACGCUGAUGGUUCCAUUAAUGGAACGUAUGCGCACAGUGGAUCUGUUAGUUGUGGAGGUUUGCUAUGCCGGCCGGUAACAAGAAUUUUUACACAAGAUCCACAACCAAACGAUGGUUUGGUUCACUUUGCUACAAUCCCAGCUGGAGCCUCGAAUAUUUCAAUAACUGAGUUACGAAAUAGUGUUAAUUUGCUAGUUUUACGUACUUCCCAGCAACAAAACAUUGUUAAUAGCAAAAGUAAUGUGUCGGAAAGCGGAUCGUAUGAAGCGCUCGGUACCAUAUUUGACUAUCACCGAAUCGAUGGAGUCCAGAAUUCUGAUGGAGUUACCGAAUGGAUAACAAGUUCUGGGCCAAUAAGGGACUCAUUGGAACUUUUGUUAUUUGGGAACAAUCGAAAUCCAGGUAUAAAGUAUGAGUACAUGCUUCCCAUAAUAUCUGAUUCUGAAGAGAACGAGCUCUCUGGGGAGAAUAAUAAUAGUUUAUUGCGAUCUGGAGGGGAGGACGCUAGUACUUCAAGUAAUUCACGUCCAGGGCGACGCCGUAACUUUACCUGGAAGGUGGUAGGGUUUAGUGCUUGUACGAAGUCCUGCGGUGGUGGUGUACAAGCGCCUAUUGUACGUUGCAUUCGCGAAAAUCUUUUAAGGUAUUAUUCACAGCGCCGGUGUAUUCAUUCUAAAAAGCCAGUGGUCAAUGAGAACCUAUUGCACUGCAACACUCAACCAUGCCCCGCCUAUUGGCAUUAUGAGAAAUGGGGCGAGUGUCGCUGUCAAAAAGAAAGGGCAUUUAGACGUCGUGAAGUAAGUUGCUUGCAAGAACUAGCAUCUGGAACUGUUAUACACGUUGAUAGCACAGCAUGUAUGGAGGAGAUGCCGCCCACUCAAAAGCAAUGUGAGUGUCCAGACAAUCGAAGUCGUGAACUUUCUCGGUAUCGCCUACAUAUAAAUUUCGAGUCAGCGAAUAGUACACGAAGACAACGAAUGAUGAUUGAUAACAGUAGCAGUAGCAACAAUGCGGUCUGGUUGACAUCUGAAUGGAAUCAGUAUUGUUCUGCCACGUGUGGCUUAGGCGUAGAGUAUCGUACAGUGUUCUGUGAUCGAUCCGAGGCGGGUGCAGUUCGCUGUGAUCCCAGCAAAACUCCAGAAAAUCGACGACCUUGCGCAAAACCUAGCUGUGAAUAUGGCGAGUGGUUUGUUGGCCCUUGGUCAUCUUGUAAUGGAGAUUGCUUCAACCUUACACGAAGCCGAGUUGUUCUAUGCAUACAAAAUAAAUUAAUUGUGGAUCAAAAAAUGUGCAAGUUGGAGCUAAAACCACAAACGUUUGAAAAAUGCUCCCACGAUGAGGGAGAAAUUACUUUCUGCGCUCCUCGUUGGCAUUACUCUGAAUGGUCGAAGUGUACCAAAUCUUGCAAUGGUGGAACACAGCGACGCAGCGUUAGAUGCUUGGACUACGAUGCAACACAGAAUAGCUUACGUGACUCAACCAAAUGUCGGUAUGCGGCCAGGGAGCCAAUAUUUCGUAGCUGCAAUGCACAAGACUGCGAUGAGCAUCACCAAAAUUACUCUUCCUCUACGUGUACCGAUAAACUUUCCAACUGUAAAUGGGCUGCAGAAGGAAAGCUGUGUAGCUAUGAUUACUACCGAAUAAAUUGUUGUACCUCUUGCGGAGGCGGAUUUUAGGGGUAUUAUAAGAUGACCUUAUGACCUUAUUAUGACCUUUUUACAAUUGAGAGUAUUUUCAAUCAAAAUCACUG